AAUGCUAUUAAUACAUUCUUCUUAUAUAGUAUUCAGCUAGCUACUGUUGUUGAUUAGUACCUGUUAACCUCCAUCAUAUAUAUUUCAAUUAGCAGUACUUCCCUCUGUGGAAACUCAUAACUAGACAUUAACUUGAGUCUUGAGGCAGAGAUUAAUCAGCUAGAUGGAGAUUCAGGUAAAGAAGAUGACUCUUCUUCUUCUUCUGCUGCUAGUAUAUGCGUUCACGAUUUUGAUUUCCACGGAACCAACUUGGGCAAGAUUAUCCCGCCAAGGUGAAGUACCACAUCUUACUAGAUCUUGAUUCUACGAUCUAACUAUUUGGACUGUAGUUCUACCUCUUAAUUACUUUCUCUCCUGCUGUAAUAAAUUAUAAUUUUAUGUUGUGAUGAGAGUAUAAGUUAGGUAAUUUUCGUAUUAGUGUUAGAGUUAUUAUAGAAGUCAAUUUAUAUACUCUAUAUAAACCCUAUAUUGUUUCCGUAAUAAGAAACAUCAGUUUCCAACGUAUUCUGAUUCACUAACACCGGUACGAGUGUCCUUCUGGCCGGAGUGCGCCGGCCCACGAUCUCCCGGAGCCCAUGGUUGUCCCUACCUUUCCCCGCCGGAAAGCUUACACGUAGCUUAGAAUUAGUUGGAAGAAAAGUUAACUGUAGCUUAAAGUAGUAGAGUACCUAAUAUUUUUACAUGAGUAAUUAGUCAUCAUCACUAGUUUUGACAUGUAUAGCUUUGUUGAUCUGUGGCAGAUAUGGAGUGUCCUUGGAUAGGAGCUUGCGGAAGCAAGUCAGGUCCCGGCGGCCAUGGCUGAAGCGCGGAGUUUAGCUGGCUAGCUCACAGACGCCGGCGGCUUGUUUGGCGAUAUAUGUAGUAGUUUUCCCUUUUCCAUAUUACGGGAAUUACAUGAAUUGUUAGCAGUACAAUAUUUUACGUUCCUGUCUGGGGUAUACCUUUUCAUAAGCUUGAAUUUUCAAUUGAAUUUUUUUUUUUUUUUUUGGCAUGAGAUGUAUAAAUUGAAGAAAGAAAUAAAACUCUAUGUGUUAAGAAAGGGUUGACUACUAGUCAUGGCAUAAAAGUUGGUCGAGUCAAAUUUAUUGACUAGAUGGUGAAUUCCGGUUAUAAUACCGGACAAACACACUGUUCCUAAGAUUGUUUGUAUACUGACCAGCAACAUAGUGGCAGCUUCCAGUUUAGAGCAGUCCAUUAGAAACAGGCCGAGAUCACAAAUAAUAAUUGAAAACAACGACAACAGCAACGCACAAGAGACACAGCUAGAGAUGCGGCAACAAGGAAGAAACCAGCAGCAGCGACGCGAGAUAUCCAGAAGCGUCGACCAAGAAAAAUACUCCACAGCAGCGAGAGAUAACUAGAGGGCGGCGAGGACAACCCUAGAGUCGGACGUGAUCAAGCAAUAGACCCAAGAAAGCGGAAAACCUGAUUGGACGAGCUUCAGUCGAGAGGCUCUGAUACCAUGUCAAUUAAUUAAGCAGAAAGAAAGAACACAAGAACUUUUUUAAUGUGGUAUCGUCAGUAUGGUACUAGUCCACGGAGAGGAUCUCCCUCUCAGGUUUUAGAUUUUCUUAUUUCGUUUACUUAAGAGUACAUUAGAAUGAUAUAAAUAGGUUGUAAUUACAAUCAUAAUUUUGAAUGGCUAUUUACAACAUGGUCCUAUAAUUAACAAGUUUCUGUCUCUAGCUAUAUACAUAUUUGCUUUAUAUUUCCUUUUCAGUUGUGAGAUCGAAAUGGAUAGUAAUUGUUGAUAUCGCAAAUAUUAAUUUGUCAACAUAUUUUUUUCUUCCAUUUGAAUUCAUUUCAAUAAUUAUGCUAGUAGCUUUGAUAGGUGCGAUUGCCGUGGCUCGUCACCCGGGGUUGGUGAAGUUGCAGGUGCAGGGCUAGAGUUUCAAGGAUGAGGCUGGAAUUCGCGUUGAGUGAUGACACCAAAUUUGCCACAAUACGGGAAUCGCAUAAAAUGAAGAUAGGGGUAACAUCACAUGGUGCCUCCACGGAGUACGCUGGUUGUUGGAUCUGGAUGCGGAAGACGCUAGUGUUGAAAGUAUAGAUCGAGAAGAGGGGAAUAAUAGAUGAGAAGCAAUGAUGAAUUAAGGAUUAUGAUCUUAUAAAAGGAAAGGUUGAAAGGAUAACUCGACUAAAGAGAAGUAAGUUGUAUUUUCUCAUUUGGCAACAAAACUAAUCCAAACCAGACUCAAUCUGAUGUUAAAAUUUACAUAUCAAAAUCCUGAAAAGCAAUUUAAAAGCUAGCUUCUAAGAGUUUACCAUAUACUAGAGAUGCCAUCCGAAUGUUUUGGGAAUCAAUUAUAUUCCUUUACCAACCUUUUACUAACCCUAACUGAUAAUUACAGAAUAAGAAAGGGAGAGAAUCCGUUUGGCGACCAAGAUAAAUCUCAAGCAAAAGAUAGCUAGAAACAAUGAGAAAGAGGGAGCCCAAAUCAUCAAAGUAGUAGAACUAAUAUUAGUACCACAAAAUCAUAAAUUUAGAAUUUCUUGACCUUAACGGUAAUUAGUAUCUAUUGUAAUUGCGGUAAGUAAUUGCCUAUAUUACGGUCUAAGUUCCUUCUUUCUAAGGAUAUUAAAUCUCUAAGUUGUAUUCCUUUUCCUUAUUGGUUUUGUAAUUCCGAUUACUUCUAUGUAACUUCUGUAGGCUAUAAAUAUAAGCCCUAGCUAUCAGUAAUAGACAACAACACAAUCUUAAUAGCCUUUCCACGUUUGUGCGUGCUACCGCCGUCGAUCUCCGCAUCCUUUUAGCAUACACGUUUCACUCACUCACUCUAGCGAACAAUGGUAAAGUCCUCGUCUCUCUUCGUCGCCACUGUUAUCUUCUUCCUCGCCGCCGCAUCGGUCGCCUCCGCCUCGCGGCCGUCGGUGUACAGUGUGACGGACUACGGCGCUAGGGCGGACCCAAAAACAGACUCGACAAAAGCGUUAUCCGAAGCAUGGAGGAAAGCAUGCAGCGACCCGCGCUCGUCCGUCGUCUACGUGCCGCACGGAAGAUUUCACGUCCGAAACCUAGGGUUCGAAGGGCCGUGUAGGAGCAAGGACAUCUUGGUGCGGAUAGACGGAACCCUCGUGGCUCCGUCAGACUAUUCCGUCAUUGGGAACGCCAAGAACUGGAUUCUGUUUCACGACGUUGAUGGCGUUAGGAUCUCCGGCGGGAUACUUGACGGACAAGGAACUGGACUUUGGUCUUGCAAGCUCGACGGCCGAAAAGACUGCCCCACCGGCGCCAUGAAUUUGCACAUCGCCAACUCAAAGAACGUGGCAAUCGAUGAUUUAACCUCCGUGAACAGCCAGAAGUUCCACAUCGCCGUCACCGGCUGCCAAAACGUGAACCUCCGCGACAUCACCGUCGCUGCCCAGGGAACCAGCCCCAACACCGACGGCAUCCACAUCGAGAAGUCCACCUUCGUCUCCGUCCUCAACUCCACCAUAUCCACGGGCGACGACUGCAUCUCAAUGGGCCCGGGGGCCCGCAACGUCUGGAUCGAGCGCGUGGCUUGUGGGCCGGGCCACGGCAUCAGCAUCGGGAGCUUGGGCUGGAAGUUUCAGGAGCCCGGUGUCCAGAACGUCACCGUUAAGAGAGUCCACUUCACGGAGACGACUAACGGCCUCCGGAUCAAGACGUGGGCUCGCCGCAGCUUGGGCUUCGUGAGGAACGUCCUUUUCCAUCACGUCGUCUUUGACGGCGUCAAGAACCCAAUCCUCAUCGACCAGAACUACUGCCCCGGACGCCGGAACUGUCCCCGUCAAGCCUCUGGGAUCAAGGUGAACGGCAUCAGGUACAAGAGCAUAGGUGGCACGUCGCGGAGCAAGGUCGCCGUGAGGUUCGAGUGCAGCAAGGCAAACCCCUGCGCUGGGAUUACGAUGCAUGACGUGAAGAUUACUUACGUCGGCGGUGGCCGUGGUGAGGAGGCGACGGCCACGUGUGCGAAUGCCAGGGGUACUUCGUCGGGUUUUGUUACGCCGGUAGUCCGGUAUUCGUAGGGCAUUUCAGUAUAUAUAUAUAUAGUUACGUUCCUAGCCACGAAUUUUAAUUAGGCCGUAUAUACUUUAGUUGUGGAAAAUACCGACCUAAGAGGCUCGCGCUUGUUUAUCAUGAUACAUGUUUUAUUCGUAAUUUCCAGUUACGGAGAGAUUUUAUUUUCGAGCCAUUUCUUUGUUUUCUGCAUGGUGUGGUGAGUUUGAUUUUUGUGUUUGGCUUCUUUCAGAGUUCAAAGUAAUAUAACGUGUUUGUUUUU